AUGACCAUAUCAUUAAGAAUAAAAUCAUUUCUACGUCGAAGACAUAAGUUUUCCUUAUUAUAUUCCUUAAUAAUCUUCAUAGUGAUAGCAUAUUUCAUAAUAGUACCUAAUUUGGCAUUACUGCAUCAUUCUGGAACUGAAUCAACUACCAAUGCAGAUUCUCCAACUAGUAAUUUGAUUGAUGAUCUUACCAAUGAUAAAAAUUAUCUAGAAUCGUUAGUAUUAAAACUGAUAUCUUAUAUAACAUAUUUCAUUACUGAACAAAAGGAACAACAAGAACAAGAUAAAAAAAUCGAAUUAACUCCUGAACAACGAGAACUUAAAAAGCAAGAAGAUAUUCGAAAAAUAAGAAUCAUAAAGGAUUCUAUGAAAAAAAUUAAUAGUAAAACAAGAUAUAAUUAUUUUCAACAAAUAUUUCAAGAUUUUUAUGAUAAUAGACCUCAAGUACCACCUUUGAAUAAUUAUUUAACUUCAAAAAGAAUCUAUCAUGCAAGAUAUGAUACAUCCCAUAGAAAUCCUCUUGCCAAAAAAUCAAAACCCGUCAGAAUAAAAAAGAGUUCUAAUGCUGAAGAUAUUAUAACUCAAGAUCAAGAUGAAGAACGAAUCAUCUUUAGUGAAUCAUAUUUAAAUCAAUUCUUACAAAUCGAUGAUAAUGAAUUAAAAUCAAUGACCGAUUCUCAUGCUAAUUUAGUAGCAAAUCUUGCUGAUCAAGCUCCUCCAGGAGUUUAUAAAGGGGAUGGGAUAGUAUUUGUUGGAGGUGGUUCAUUUAAUUGGUUAACUCUUUUAUCAGUUAAAUCAGUUAGAGCUAUGGGUUCUGCUUUACCAAUUGAAAUUCUUAUUCCUCAAUUAGAUGAAUAUGAAUUAGAUAUUUGUGCAAGAAUCUAUCCUGCCUUAGGUGCUAGAUGUAUCUAUUUACCUUAUGCAUUACGAGAUCCUGAUGAUAUGGAUCUGGAACAAAAUGAAGAACCAGAAGAAAUCAUAGAUAAUGAAGAAAAUAAUAAAGAAAAACAAAUGAGAGAUUCAACUACUUCAAAUAAGAAAGAAAAUAUUAUUAAUAAAUUCAAAUUUAAAGGUUAUCAAUAUAAAGCUUUAGCUAUAUUAUUACUGAGUUUUGAAAAUGUUUUAUUAUUAGAUAGUGAUAAUAUUCCAGUUCAUAAACCGGAUUAUUUAUUUUCAAGUGAACCAUUUACAGAUCAUGGAUUAAUUGUUUGGCCUGAUUUUUGGAGACGUGCUACAUCACCUAUUUAUUAUAAAAUAGCGGGUAUUGAAAUAAGUCAUACUGAAUUAUUACCUAAAUAUGAUGAAAGUGAAUCAUUUUUACGUAUUCGUAGAUCUGGUACACCCAAAAAAUUAAAUUUAAAACGUAUUCCACUUCAUCAAAGAAAAGGUGCUAUUCCUGAUCCUACUAGUGAAUCAGGUCAAUUAAUGAUUUCCAAAAAGUCUCAUAACAAAGCUUUAUUACUUGCAUUAUAUUAUAAUCUUUAUGGACCUGAUUAUUUUUAUCCCUUAUUUUCACAAGGUUCAGAUGGUGAAGGAGAUAAAGAAACAUUUUUAGCUGCUACUGUUGCAUUACAAAAACCAUUUUAUCAAGUUUCAAAGUUUUUAAAUGCGUUUGGAUAUUUCAAUAGUAAGAAUGAAUUCAUUGGUACAGGAAUGGGACAAUAUGAUCCUGUUGAAGAUUAUGAAUAUUCAAAACAAUGGACUUUAAAUAUUAAGAAUCCUGCUAAUUGGGAAUUUUUAAAGAAAAAGGAUCCAUUAAUUGAAAAUGGUCCUCGAAUUUUAUUUGUUCAUUCAAAUUUUCCUAAAUUAAAUCCUUGGAAAUUAAAAACCGAAAAUAAAAUCAUUGAUAAAGAAUCAGGGAAUAGAAUAAGAUUAUAUGGAACUGGUAUGAAAGUUCGAACCGGUUAUGAUUUUGAAUAUGUUCAAUGGACAAAUAUGAAAUUCUUAUUAUGUGAUUUAAAAAUUGAAUUAGAAACAUUUAAAAAAGUAAAUCGACUGAAUCUAUGUAAAGAGAUUCAUGAACAUAUUCAAUUUUUAAAAUCAACCAUGGGAACUAUGGAAUGA